ACCCCACCAUCCCGAGUCUCAUUCCCUUCGGCAUUUUCUCUAAACGGAAACGAGAGACGCCAAAAGAGAUGAGCCAAAGUUCCCAAAACGAGGGCUGCCCGCCCACACAUCAGUGGUGGAAGCAUCCUGAUGCGGGUAUGCCCCCGGUGCUGACCUCCUGCACGCCUCUCUUCAAGCCUCACAUCUGGAGGCCCGAAAUCGACAGCGCUGGGGAGCCAAGGUGGAGGGUCCACCUGGACGUGGCACACUUUGCCGUCCAUGAGAUUUCCGUCUGCGUCCAAGAUGGUUUUCUUCAGGUCGCAGGGAGACACGAGGAGCGGCCCGACCGGGACGGAUUUGUCUCCAGAUGUUUCACAAGGAAAUACAAGCUCCCGGCGGUGGCGGACCUACGCAAAAUGGUCUCCUCGCUCUCCGCCGACGGCAUCCUGACCGCCGAAGUUCCGAUUCCUGCUGACUCGGCUCCUGCCGCGAGCAUCGUCAUUCCGAUAAAGGUGGAGGUCGACGGCGCAGGAGAAGAAGAAAGCCUGGACAGCAGCCCACCGGCAGAAGCUUCACAGGAAGAGGAGUGCGGCGGACCCCCGUGCCAAGACCAGGAGGACCGCGACCGGGAGGACGAGGAGAGCCAGCGAGAGCCGGCCGCUGAGUCGCAGCCUUCAGAUGUCGACGCCGCAGAGAUUCUCGGGAAUGAUUGGCAGGCGCCGGCCCAAGAGGAUGAAGAGAUCCAGAUGCCGCCGCCGGUCGACUCCGCCGAGGAGGCGGCCCGGCCCGAGGAGGAGUAGGAAUGGUCUGGUUACCGUGGAGACGUCGUCAUUAAGCCUUAAAUAGAGCAUACUGUGAUCGAGCUACUUACACAGUGGCGCCUUGACAUGCGAGUUGGAUUCAUUUUGUGACCACACGCUUCAUUUCAAACACUUGCAUUGCAAAUGAUCGUUUCUCAUUGAAAGAAAUGGAAGUGCCAUUAAUUCGUCUUGGCGUGACUUGCUUGUACAAGAUUGCUCCAGGUGUGCAUUUGUUUUCGUGAAAGCCUGGCUGUGGAUGCUAUGAUCAACAAUGACUUCUCAGCCAUGCGGCUUUCUUGCUACGGUGUGGAAAAAAAAAAAACCAAAACAUUUUGAUCGACAUUGACUGCGAAUGUUGUUCAUAAAGACAAGAUGCUUGACUUUGCAUUUCGGUUGAUUGCAAACACGUUUCUGAAAUAUACAGCUAAUAUCAAUGGCUCGAAGAGCACUGCAUCCACGCCAAAAUGGCGGCAAAGUCACAAGUGUCAAAACGUCCGUCUAGAUGUGACCGCUAACGAUCUGCGCCUGCACACAUCCAUGACGGAAAACUCAAUCGUUGAGCCAUUCGUUGUUUCAAGACAUCGCUGUACCUCCCGCCGCACACUUUCACGCUUUCUUUGGCGCACCAAUAAAGACAUACCAAGUCCGAUCCAAACGAUUGGAGAGAUUGUG